AUUUCAUUUCAUUUUGAUUUUCAACCGCGUUCUCUCUACGCUCCAAAACCCUCCCUCCCUCUCUCUCUCUCUCUCUUUCCAACUGCUAGCAUGCGAAAACCUAAGAGAGGAUCAUCAUCCUCAUCGAAGAGGAAGAAAGAAGGGAGCAGCACAACAUCUCAAAAGCAGCCCUCCAAAGGGUCCACCAGCAGGGGAAAACGAGUCAAAGCCCCACCAUCUCAGGAACCCGAAUUCUUCCCCGAAAAGAGGAAUCUGGAAGAUUUAUGGCAGGCUGCAUUUCCGGUUGGCACAGAGUGGGAUCAACUGGAUUCAGUCUAUAAAUUCAACUGGGACUUCUCAAAUUUAGAGAAUGCUUUCGAGGAAGGGGGAGAACUUUAUGGGAAGAAGGUUUACCUCUUUGGCUGCACAGAACCUCAAUUGGUUUUCUUCAAAAAUGGUGAAGGGAAAGUGAUAUGUAUCCCUGUCGUGGUGGCGGUUGUGUCCCCAUUCCCACCUUCUGAUAAGAUUGGUGUAAAAUCAGUUCAAAGGGAGUCUGAAGAAAUACUACCAAUGAAGGAAAUGAAAAUGGCUUGGGUUCCAUACAUCCCGUUAGAAGAUAGAGAUAGUCAAGUAGAUAGGUUGAAGUCUCAGAUUUUUACAAUGAGCUGCACCCAAAGAAGGGCUGCUUUAAGACAUUUGAAGAUAGACCGUAUCAAGAAAUAUGAAUAUUGUCUACCAUAUUUUUACCAUCCUAUGAAGGAGGACGAACUAGAACAAGAUACAGUUGUUCAAAUCAUGUAUCCUACAGAACCUCCGAUUGUCUGUGAUUUUGAUUGGGAACUUGAUGAACUUGAGGAGUUUGUAAGUGAUAAAAUUAAGGAUGAGGUAUUGGCAGAAGAUCAGAAAGAUGCCUUCAAGGAUUUCAUCAAAGAAAAGGUCAGGGAAGCAAAGAAAGCACAGCGGGAGGCAAGGGAAGCUCGCAAAAAGGCUGUUGAAGAAAUGGAUGAGGAAACGAAAGCUGCAUAUGAGAACAUGAGGUUUUACAAGUUCUAUCCAGUGCAGACACCGGAUGCACCUGACAUAUCCCAAGUGAAGGUCCCUUUCAUAAAUAGGUAUUAUGGCAAGGCUCACAAGGUCUUGUGAGGAAAACCAAGGCUCAGUUCACGACAUCAUGGGGUUUUCCUCAGAAAUGCUCCCCUGCAUUUUCGUAAAAGACUCAGAAGCAAAGAUACUUAUCUUGAAAGAUCACAAGGCACACGGCUGUCUCAAUUACUUGAAGAUACUACAAGUGGGGGCUGCCAUGGAUCUUGCUUCUAAUGUAUAAUUUUGAGAAAGGUAUACUUAAGAAUCUCAAAGGUACUGCUUCUUAUGCUUCCAAAUUCAAAGAAGCGGUUUCUUUUGGGUCUUCUUCUAUUCAGAAAUGAAAAUUUUGAGAUGCAUAAUCAGAGUUCAAGAUGAACUUAGAAUUUUCUCUGCCUUAAGAGUAGGUAUGAUCUUUGUUUCUUUUAUUUGGAUUUAAAUUCUCCUUUGUUUGGGUCUAUUGUACGGAACAUUAGAGAGAUGAAGCAAUUAGAACAGUUAUUUCAUUUUAUUUGUUUGCUAGUCUACUGGUUUUUUUCGUUGAGAAGGUAUUCCAAAAUUUCAGCAGUUAGCACUUUCGGAUAAAUAAAAUUCUGGUUUACUUCUUAA